AUGGAAAACCCACUUGAUGCUACUCCCGAAAAGCGCUCAUGGAAAUUUCAUUUCAUGAGAGUACUGACAUACGCUGUUCCAUCAUUUCUCUAUGCCAUUGUCCAAUUCCAGAAAUUAUGUCCUUCAGUUGUUGUAGAAGACAUGGCUCAAGCCUAUGGCGUUACAACUCAGAAGCUUGCUGUAUUCUCAUCAUGCUAUUUCUAUCCAUAUGCAUUGAUGCAGCCAUUUGCAGGUUUAAUGGCAGAUUUGUUCGAUCCUUGCAGAGUUUUAGGUAUAUUCGGCUUGAUUUCUGCAAUUGGUUCUGCUAUUUGUGGCUUCUCUACUAAAAUCCAGAUAGGUAUUGUCGGUAGAUUUUUAGUCGGAUUCGGUUGCGGCCCAACAUACGUUUCUGUUAUGAGAAUAUCAGCGAAUUGGUUCAAGUUACAUCAAUUACCUACUCUUCUUGGUAUUCUAAUGGCUGUAUCUUGCAUUGGUGGUGCUGGAGCUGCAACUCCAUUAGCUAUUUUUUGCGAGAAAUACGGAUGGAGAGCAGCUUUCUACUCUCUAUCAGGAGCUUCUGCGUUUUGCGCAUUAAUUAUCCUCAUAUUUACAAGAGGAAGUCCAGAACGUCAAGGAUACGAGCCAGUCAACGAACCUCCGAUUUCUGCCGACAAAGAUAUGCGCAUGGGACAGAAAUGCUCUCUCCUUCUCAAGAAUAUCAAAGAAGUUGUCACAUAUUGGCAAUUUUGGGUUAUCGUCGUAUUUACAGUAACUGUUUGCUGUCCAUUCCUUAAUAUCGGCGGAUAUUGGGGUGGACCAUUCCUUACUGAUGUCUACAACUACAACAAUGAACAGAAAUCAAAUACAUUACUCGCAUUACACGUAGGCGUUUUUACUGGUUCUCUUACUUUACCUUACAUUGCUCAGGCGUUCAACCUUAAGAAAUGGAUCAUGAUCCUUUCUUCUAUCGCUUCUUUAGGCGUUUCUACUGUUAUGUACUUCAAAGGUGACAAAUUGAACAAUAUUGAGCUUUGGGCUGUUCUUGUUGUCAUCGGUAUCUUUACAUUAACUAUCAGUUCAAUUUCUUAUCCUUUAGUUUCUGAAUAUUACCCACCAAUGGUUGCAGGUUCAGCCGUUGGUUCUGCCAACCUCUUCUUAUUCCUUUUCGUUGCAAUUUACCAACUCGUUUCGUCAUGGCUUGUUCCAAUGAAAGGAUCAACGCCAACACCUUCAGGAAUUCCGAAAUAUACAUGGGAAGGCUACAGAAAUGGCGUUUGGCUCUUCAGCUGCGUCUCAUUCGCUGUUUCUGGUAUCGCUGCUGCAAUUUCAAGGGACCCAACAGGAAAAUCUUGCUGCAAGAAGAAAGAAUCUCCAUUGGAUGAGGCAACAUUGAUUACACAGAAUACAACUUAUACAUAA